GCAAUCCCGGAAGACGUAUAGUGUCUUAAAGCUGUCAGUGCGCUGCGGUACCACUUGCUUAAAUAAACCGAUUAUUUUCUAAAUUAAUUUAAUUCUGCAAUUUAUAUUUCAUCAUGUCAGCUAGAAAUCCCGGGAUGGAUCUUGAUCUUGAAUGGGUGUCGAAAGUCAGAGUCAACACUCAGGCUGUUCUUAAACGAGCUCAGCAGAUCCAGGGACGCAAAGUGGCCAAAAAACAGUGGCAGGCUGCCUGGCUGCUGAAGGCUGUCACCUGUAUCGAUCUGACGACACUUGCUGGUGACGAUACACCUUCCAAUGUCCAUCGACUCUGUAUGAAGGCCACACAGCCGAUUCGUCACGAUCUGCUGAAGAGCAUGGAUAUGCAUGACAAAGGAGUCACGACUGCAGCGGUGUGUGUGUACCCGUCACGAGUGGCUGAUGCUGUGAAGUCUCUUAAAGCAGCCAACUCUAGUCUUCCUGUCGCAUCUGUGGCCACUGGUUUCCCUGCUGGACAGACACCGUUGAAGACGCGUCUCGCUGAGGUACAGAUGGCCGUGGAGGACGGUGCUGCGGAGAUAGAUAUCGUCAUAAACCGGACUUUGGCACUCACUGGGCAGUGGACAGCUCUCUACGACGAGAUCCGGCAGUUCAGAGAGGCCUGUGGAGAUGCCCAUAUGAAGACCAUCCUGGCGGUGGGAGAGCUGGGAACCUUCACGAACGUCUACAAGGCCAGUCUGGUGUCCAUGAUGGCAGGAUCUGACUUCAUCAAAACUUCAACCGGCAAGGAGUCAGUCAAUGCCACUUACCCUGUUGCCAUAGUAAUGGUGCGGGCCAUUCGUGACUACUAUUUAAGGACAGGCUAUAAGGUGGGUUUCAAGCCCGCGGGAGGCAUCCGUACAGCACAAGAGUCCCUGGUGUGGCUGACCCUGAUGAAGGAAGAGCUCGGAGACGAGUGGCUCAAUCCUCACCUUUUCCGGCUGGGAGCGAGUAGCCUGUUAGCUGACAUCGAACGGCAGAUUUACCACUACGUGACCGGACGCUAUCCUGCAUAUCAUGAACUUCCUAUGGCCUGAAUUUGUGAAAAACCGGGAGUUUUGAGCCAAUGAAAACUUCAGAUCAGCCAGUGAUGUAAUGGAAAGACGUCACACCUGUCUUUUUAUAUUGAGGUCAAUUAUAAAGAAAAGUCAUAUGGCAUAGUUCACCCAAAAAUCUGUCACUAAUCUAAGAGGUGACCGCAGCCAUCGACUUCCAUAGUAUUCUGUCUAUUUUUGGGUAAACUAUUCCUUUAAAUUCCAAGUCCAGUAUCUAUCAUAAACUAAGAAUAUAUUUUAUUCUAAUGUAAAAAAAAAAAAAAAAAACUUGAGAUAUGAACGUCUGUUGCAAGUUAUCUUGUAUAAUAAUUCAAACCCAAGAACAUUUCUGAAUUUCUGGAUGGCAUGGUGCAACCUGAACCAUCAGAAGUAAAAGUGCUCCGUUUACGUCA